AUGGUACUGAUGACAACUUAUAAAGAUCCACAAUUUGAAAAAGGAUACGUAUUUGCGGCACGACGUCUACCCGGCGCCAUUGAUGUACCACGAACUCUGAAAGACACAAAGCUCGACCCUCGAGAGCCAUAUCGGCCGCAGAUUGGAUUUUCAAGAGAUGUGCCGCGUAAGGGGCUUAGCGAUGCAGGACGGCGAAUGGUCAGUCACAGCAUGGAUUCUCGUCCUCGGCCGCUUUCUAGCGUACCAUUUCAACCAGAAAUAUACGCAAACGCUUCACUUCGCAGCAACUGGCCUUUGCCUGGUCGUUAUCCAACUGCGCGUAGUUCAGAACCAGUGUUACCGAGGAAUCAAUUCCACGAAAGAGGAGGAGGACGAGGGGAGUGGCGUGAUAUGCGGCAGCAUCAGCUCCCAGAUUUGCGUGAUCUCAGCAGACAAGUUGGAUAUCCCAGAAUGCCGCACCGUUAUGAACCGUAUCCAGACCCAGCAGCGGCUUGGCGUAUGAGAAAUCGCAAUUAUCAAGGCCAGUGGCCACCGCCGACGUCUCGAUGGUAA